AUGGUUUCAAAAUUCCAUACCGGCCUUUCACAAGAUCUCUCAUUAAUGUUAAAAGUUGCAGAGGAUUAUAAUAUUAUUAUUAAAGUUGGUGAGAAUCAAGAGUUUCAUGCACAUUCAAAUAUCCUGAGAGCUCGUUCACCUUAUUUCAAAAGUACACUUUCGACCAAUUGGAAUAAUACAAUGGAUAAUAAUGUGAUUGAGAUCAUAAAACCAAAUAUUCAUCCUACCGUUUUCGAGAUCAUCCUCAAGUAUAUUUAUAUUGGCGAAGUGGAUUUAACCAAAAAUUCAGGUGAAGAUAUCCUUGGUCUCUUAGUCGCUUCUUAUGAGCUGCUUCUCGAAGAAUUGUUUAAACAUGUUCAAAAUUAUUUAAUUGAAAAAAAAAAUUUAUGGUUAAACCAAAAUCUCGUUCUUGUACUUCACACGGUUUUUAAACUUGCUAGUUGCAAGAAACUUCAAGAUUACUGCCUUGAUUCCAUCUGCGCAGAUCCUUUACCAUUUUUCACUUCAAAUGAAUUUCCAUCACUUGAAAAAGAUAUUCUUCAUAGCUUGCUUAAACGUGACGACUUACAGAUUGAAGAAUCUGUUGCUUGGGAUCAUUUAAUUAAAUGGGGCGUCAAUCAAACUCCUUGUUUGGGAAGUUCGAAUAGCGAUAGAGCUAAGUGGGAUGACAAAUGUUACGAAGCGUUGAAACAAACCUUAGAGCAAUAUAUUCCUCUUAUUCGAUUUUUAGAUAUCAGCUCUGCGGAUUUUUUUGAUAAAGUCCGUCCUUAUAAAUCUGUUCUUCCUCAUCAAAUUUUCGAAGAAGCUAUGGAAUUUUACAUGAAACAAACUUUACCAAAAACGACAGCCUUAGCAUCACGAAAAACCCCUAUAUUCGAUAAAAGAUAUAAAUUCGAACUUCUUUAUCGUAGUAGUCGAGAUGGACUCAAUGAUCAAUCAUUUGGUAAAAUGUGUAAUGUUCAAGAUCCAUUUAUAGUUUUAGUCAAACAAAAAUCUUCGGAAAAAAUUUAUGGAGGAUAUAAUCCACUCGGUUUUCGUAAUGGAAGUAAAUGUUUUGCAAGUGAAAGUUUUAUAUUUUCUUUUGCAAAUGACAAGGAUAUUACAAAUAUGAAUGUAUGUCAUUUGAAAUACCCUCCCCUCAGGGAAAAAUGCAAAAGGACAGGUUGGCCAUACGACAACUAUUCGAAGGUAACAAGGAGAUACGACACGGAAGAUGAUGAAUGCGAUUAUACAGAUGAUAAUACAAAUAGAUUUAAUUUUGGCAAUACGUUUUAUAUGAAUGGUCAAUAUGUUUAUUUAAUUAAAAACUCUGGCUUUUAUGAUGUAAAUUUUACAAAUUCAACGAAAACUAAAUUUAUCCCGGAGGAAAUUGAAGUCUUUAAAGUGAAAAAUAUAUUUAAUUAA